AUGAAGAAACGUUUUAUCAUAAAGCAAGGUGUAUUAAUUAAUUUAGCCACAGUUUUUUAUCGAAAAAAUAUAUUUAUGAAAGCUUUAAAAGAUUGUGAAAUAUGCAUUCAAAUUAUUCCUAAAUAAUCUUUGGCUUACAUGAGAAUAGGUUAAGAGUCUCCAUUAUAAUUAGAAUGUGUGAAGAAUGAAAUUGGAAAUAAAGAUGACACUUUAUAAUAUUAUUAUUAAGCGAUUGAAAUUGAUAAAAAAUCUAUAUUGGCAUAUUGUAACAGAGGUAUUUUAUCAUUUAUAUGAAUAAGAAAUUUAUAUAAAAACUAAUUAUAUAAUGAUUAGGCACUCUUUGAUUAUAAUAAAGUUAUUGAGUUGGAUACAUAAUAUGCUUUUGCAUACAUGAGCAGAGAAUCUCAGGUUAUUUUAUUAAAUAGGAAAUUUUUAUAUCAAAUAGGAAAUUAAGAGGAAAAACUUUUAGAUUUUAGCAAGUCUAUUGGAUUAGACCUUUAUGAUGCUUGUAUUUAUAAUAGCAGAGGUCUAUUGAAUUAUUAAGUUAAAUAGGACUUCAAUUUACUAAAAUUGGAAAUACUAAUUAGGCACUUAUAGCUUUUAAAAAGGCAAUUAAAUUAGAUCCUAAUUGUUCUGAUUUUUAUUUCGAUAGAGGUAAUCAACAUAUAAUUUUGGUUAGGAAUCUUUAUGA